UCCUGGAGCAGUUCUGAAAUAUCAGUGUGCUGUUUCAGUCGCCACACACCUGGGCCCACCUGAAGCCUCAAUAGAGCUCUCAGAAUGGGGUUGAAUACGACAGACACAGCAGAGUGGAGCCAGUGACCUGCCCACCCCCCUGCAACACUGCCUCAGCCCUGGCAAUGUGUUUGUGCUGUAACCCUGUGAAAGACAACGUGCUGGUCGUGUUUAAACCAGUUUGCUGGAGGGGACAUUGGCAGAAGCAGAGUUGCGAAUGUUUAGAAUGAUUUGAAGUGGUAAAGCAUGCGCAAGAAUGCAUGGGAAAGGAGAAAAAGAUGCUCUCGGACGCCCUGUUCGGCGACUCCGCCUCCAGCGCCCCAACAGUGAGCAACCCGGCUGGUCCCUGGAAUCCGAACAUGGGUUACAGCAACCCUAUCCCAGGAUUCCCUGCUGCAGGAGGGCAGCAACCGCAGCCUGCCAUGAUGAGCCAGCUCCCUGUACCCUUCGAUAUGCCACUCCAGGUAGGGGUGCACGACAAGCUGCUGUUCACCAUUGUGGGGACCAUCAAGCCCAAACCCAUCAGCUUUACAAUUGACUUCAAGAGGGGCAACGACAUCGCCUUCCACUGCAACCCCCGCUUCAAUGAUGAAGGGAAGAAGGCGGUGGUGCGGAACAGCUUCGUGAACGGGCGCUGGGGACCCGAGGAGAGGCAGCUCACCCAGUUCCCCUUCGUCGAGGGCCAGCCAUUCGAGAUAGCAAUCCUGGUCACUGGGGGUCAGUUCAAAAUGGCGGUCAAUCGGACUCACCUGCUGGAGUUCAACCACAGGGUGAAGCAGCUGAACGAGAUCACCAGCCUACGCAUCUCGGGGGACGUGUUCCUGAACUCGGUCAUGCCCAGCAUCCUGCCCUAGCUGCCCCAGUCCAUUCUGACCCACCACCGCCCCCUACAGGCUCCACGCCACGGGCCCAGCAAUUAAAACCGCACAAGAAACAUUCAGCUUCAUUUUAAUUUGUUUAAAACUGCAGCAUAGAAACACUAUCUUGCCUGCUAUUCAUCUCCUUGCAUUAGCUCUCCUUGCAUUAGUGCUAGUUGUGAAAAGAAGCACGAGAUGUUGCAUAUGUUAUAUGGAAUAGCUUUUAACUGCAGUCCUUCUCUUAGUGAAUUGGUAUGUUAUUCAGGGUACUGUUUGUGUUUACGUUGAAGGCUGCAUCGGUUAGCUCUGUAAUGUGAUGAGUUUGUAUGGGAAUGUUUUAUAUCUAUGUAAAAGCAUCCUGUUCAAUAAACCUCAUGAGUUGGGUUGGA